CAUCGGCAUCGAUGCAUACGAAUCUAAUCCCCUGCGCGGCUGUGUUGAAGAUGCACUGUUAAUGAAGAAAUCGCUGAUCGAAGACGUCGGCGUAUCUGAAAAUCGUAUCCAGUGCCUCCUCGGCUCUCAUAAUCCUACCCCUCCAGAUGAUCCAUCGAUACCCUCUCGCACUAACAUCAUGAAAACACUCCGUGGUCUCAUUGACAACCCUGAUAUUGAACGGGGCGAUAACAUCAUUAUCCAUUACGCCGGUCACGGCGCGAGCUAUUACUGCUCAGAGCACUUUUCCGCACAAUCUACAUGCCAAACCGGUGCUUGUCCUAUCGAUGCUCUGUGCCCCAUCGAUCGAGACACUAUGGACUCCGAUAAGCACUGGAUUCCCGACAUCAGCGAAAGAGAGCUCUAUACACUCUUCACCCAGAUAUCACACAAGAAGGGACAUCAUAUUACAUUCAUUACAGACUGCUGCCACGCCAGCAGUUUUGACCGACAGGACGGAGACUCAGCAAUACGCACCACACACCCAACUUUUCAUUCCGAUGUCCACAAUAUGCUACGCGCUGCAGAUCAAUUAUUAAAACAUUUUCCCCGUUACCCAUCUGUAUUGUUGAAGGAUUGGCAGCCAGAUACGGGUUCUCAUGUAAUUCUUGCCGCUUGUUUGGAUUAUCAGUAUGCGAAGGAAAUUGGGGGAGAGGAGGGAUACGGCGGGAUUUUCACCAAGACACUGGUGGAUGUGCUGAAGUCGGGUGCCUGGAGGAAAGAAACGACAUAUGUUGGGCUGACCCAUCUUCUGAACCAGUCAUAUACGCAGACUCCGGUGGUUGCUGGGGACCAUAAAUAUGAUCGUAUUUGGUACCAGGUGUAGAAGGCAUAGCCACGGUCUAGGUGUUGCAAUGCGAGGCAUUCAGUAUGCUUAAU